AUGUCGUUCGGGUUCAGCUUCGCCGACAUCAUUAAGGCUGGUCAAAUUGCAAAGGAUAUCAAAGAAAUCUGGUUCACCAGGCUGAAUCGUGCAGAUAUACUUUACUCCCAGUUUGGUCGCGAUGUAGCCGGCCUUGAGGGGCUGUUGGAAACGCUUGGGAAAGCCUUUGCUGAAUACGCCCGCGUCCGCGAAAUACAGUUAUCCAUUGUCGACUACCACUCGUGGGAGCUGAAGACGUUGAAGGAGAAGCACGAGCAAGCGGAGAUAGUCGGGGGCUUUCUCGAGACAGUUCACGAAUGCCAGGACCUUCUCGAAGAGAACGGGAAAUAUUUAACUAAGAAAGCCAACGCGUGGGAUAAUGCAAAAUGGCAUUUAUUUGGGGGUAUCGAAAGAGCUGACAAGCUGAGGGGACGGAUUCAAUUGCAUUGCACCAAGAUCAGUGUGUUUAUGCAGACUCUGUCCGUGUCCGUUCAAGCCGCAACAGCAAGCGCCAUCAAGGAUAUACAACUACAAAUUGAGCGACUACCACUUCUUGUUCUGCGAGAAAUUUUAGCUUCAUUAUCUGGAGGGCCGAGGAAAGAUCGUUUACAUCCCGUUAUGCCAGCACUCCAUGAUCAAUACAUAGUGGCGCUUGAAAUGAGCAAGCCCGACACAUAUGUGGAUCCCACUCGAUUUCCCUUGCGAGAAGGACUGGAUGCCCUUGCAGUUUCACUGGAGCAGAGCACGAUCAAGUUCAAGGGCAACGGCCUUGGAAUUUGGCACCCGACGGUUCAACAACUGAACAAUCUCAUCAAAGCUCGCUGGAUCUUUGAUCGAAUGGUUGAGAGCGCUACAUUAAGGGAAGCGGGUCCCGAAUCCCUCUGGAGAUGGUGCCUGGAGAGUAUGCAAGAACAGAUCAAGGUGGAAUAUGCAAAGUAUGAGCAGGAGAUCGUUGCCGAAGAGGCAAAUAUUGCUAGUCUAGACUUAGAAUCCUUCCGUAUCUGGAUACCGCAAGAAGAGACAGGUGCCAUAUCCGUUACUGAGGCAGACGAAAGUCAAUCGGAAGAGAAGAUCUUUGAGGUAUCUUUGAGCGACCAUGGCCAACAACAAAAAGAGCUGAUAGUAUUUCGGAGGCCGCGCAACGAGCUUCGGCUCGUGACGGUCACAUCGCGCCUGAAUGGAGGGAACACACACACGCCAAACGAAGAUAGCAAGGUCGUUAACAUGCACCAAGUGCAGGUCAUACCAAGAUAUGCUUUGCCCGGCCGACCAAGAGUACCGUAUGACAAGAUAAUAGAAUUAUGUUUCCCUGGCGCAAGCAGUGGAUAUACAUAUCAAUUCAAGGUGGAUGAUGAUCUUCACAAGUUCCAACAGGCACUGCUCGGAUACAAGGUUGUACUGGACAAGUGA